AUGGUAAUCACUCGUUCACAACAUCAUCAAAUAUUUAUUCAAGAAUUUCAACGAUUAUCUCGUAUCGAAAUGGAACAUUCCGACCCUUCAAUCUCUUCUGAUUCCACUGUGUAUCGCCCACUACUUACUUCUAAUAUGGAACAAGAAUAUUUACGUACAUUAGCAAAAGAACAAGUUAAAACUUUGCACAAAUUUAGUGGUUCUAAUUCAGAAGAUGUCAUUCAUUGGCUUCAAUGUGUGGAACAAGUUUUUGAUCGUGCUCUUCUACAACCUGUUAAUAAAUAUAUAGCUGUACAAUUUUAUCUACAUGGUGCAGCAGCGAAGUGGUUCCAAUUUAAUAAAUCUAACAUUAAUGAUUGGGGCACAUUCAAAAGUGAAUUAAUCAAGGUUUAUCAACCAUCUUUUCAUCAAUCGUUACUUCGUAUGGAACAACGUCAUCAAACACUUGGUGAAUCAGUAAUGGAAUAUUAUCAUGAUAAAAUGCAUUUAUGCACACAAGCGGACCCACACAUGAGUUCACCUAUGAUCAUUCAUUAUUUAACUAAAGGUGUCAAUGAUUCAUUACUAUCACAUAUUAUUCGUCGACAUCCAAAGACACCUGAUGAAUUUCUCACGAUUGCACAAGAUGAAGAGAAGAUUCAAGCAACGUUAAAUGGUUUAUCUCACAAUUCAGCAACAACAAUUGAUAAUUAUCCGAAUGAUGAUUCAUAUGUUGAUCCUUCAGUUACACUUGUUACACGUCCAAUUAACCAACACACACGAUCAUACGCUCGACAACAAUCAACAUCAUAUCCUCAACCAUUAAUGAAUUUACCAUCGGUUUCGCCACAAUUUUCAUUUCGUCGUGAUUCUCCUCAACACCUUUACCCAUCAAAUACAACACGUCAAUGUUAUAAUUGUUAUCAAUUUGGUCAUGUUGCUAAAUUUUGUCCAAACCGAAAAAACAUGUAA